AAAAAGAAUCAAAACCCAAAUUUACUUCAUAAUAUUUGGCUCCAAAAAAACAUUAAAAUGAAAAAAAUAUAAAAAAAUAAAAUCCAUUUCUUUAUCCUAAGAUCUCUCAUGGUUGCCUAUGUACUGGGAACUCAAUCUUGAAGCCAAAGUGUAGGUCAAGGGUUCCAUGUUUGGUUUCUUACAGUAUUGGUGUUGUCAGAUUCUGACACACAAUUUCUAUCUUAUUUUCUUUCUCUCCCUUUUUUUUAAUGUUAUGUCAUUCAUAUAGUGAACCAUUCAAAUUUUUUUUCUCCUGUAUUUUCCUUUUCACAUACUUUUCCUGGAAAUUUUUCAGCUAUCCCUUCAAGUUUCAGCCCUUCUUAAAAGCUGUAUUUUCCUUGUAUGUUAUGUGACUUCAAAACCAACCCAAAGUUUAUCAAGUUUCUUUUUCACCUUUUUUCACCAUUUCCAUAUUGGGUUUUGGAAAUUAUAUUGUUUGUUCAUUUUUCUUUUCUGGAUUUGGUGGAUUAUAUUUGGUAAUUUUUCCCUCUUUUGUUCUUUCUUUCUUGUACUACCAUUUUUGUUCAUUUUUACUAGUAAUUUGUUUAAAAUAAUCCCAUUUUAAUUCAAUUUUUUUGGGGUUUUUUUGUUAAUAAAUCUCUUCUGGAUUGUCGUCCUUCUUUUUCUUUGUUAUAGACCAAUAUUAAAGACCCCUUUGAAUAUUGUACAAUAUGAACCCUUUGUUUAUGGUAACAUGUUUUAUUUCACUAUAAAACCAUAAUCCCAAUCUUACACCUACCAUCUGUUUGUCAAAAUCUCUAUCUGUAAUUCUUGAUUCCUUGUUUGAACUUGGGUUUUGUCACUUUUUUCCAAUCUGGGUAUUCACAAAAAGUCCUUUUUUUCAGUUUCUUUCAUUAAAGGUCUCUUUGAUUCUCUCUUUUCAUAUAGAAAAUCUUUGGGUUUUCAUUUUCUUGGGGGGUUUUUUGUUGUUGUAAAAGUAAUGCAAAUUGGAGGCGUCCAAAAUGGCAAAUCUUGUUCCAGGGGUUCUUUUGAAGCUUUUACAACAUAUGAACACUGAUGUUAAGGUUGCUGGUGAACAUAGGUCAUCAUUAUUGCAAGUAGUGAGUAUAGUUCCUGCAUUAGCAGGUGGUGAGUUGUUCCCUAACCAAGGUUUUUAUCUUAAAGUUUCAGAUUCAUCUCAUGCUACAUAUGUAUCAUUGCCUGAUGAACAUGAUGAUUUAAUUCUUAGUGAUAAGAUCCAAUUAGGUCAGUUUAUACAUGUAGACCGGUUAGAAUCCGCUUCACCGGUUCCGAUUCUUCGUGGGGUUCGACCAGUUCCCGGUCGGCACCCUUGUGUAGGAAGCCCUGAGGAUAUUGUUGCAACUCAUUCUCUUGGGUUCCUCAAUAAUGGUAGUGAAAGUGGGUUGGGUUCAAAACCUGGAGAGAAAGUUAAGUCACCAUCAAAAGUGGUGUUAGGUAGUGGUUAUGGUGGAGAGAAAGGGAAAUCUGUUGGGAGUAGAUCAAAUGUUGGAUCAAAGGAUGAUGGAACGGAUAAGAAAACAAAACCAGGUUCUUUGACUCGAACGAAGUCUUUAUUGAGUAAACCGGCAUUGAGUGUGGAUGUGAAGAAGGAUUCUUUAGGGAAAUUGAAAGCAUUAAGUUCGCGGUCGAUUCCUUCGUCCCCGACAAGUUGUUACUCGUUGCCAACUUCUUUCGAGAAGUUUGCAACCAGGGUUAAGCAUCAAACUGAAAUAAAGGGGAUGAAGAAAGGAAGUCCCAAGGCGGGAUCUUUGGAGAAGACAAAUUCCUUUAAUGGGCCGAGUUCAACUGGAAAGAAAGCACCUGUCAUCAAAACUUUGGUUCAUGGGAUUGAAUUAGGGGCGAAGGCUUUGAGAAAGAGCUGGGAAGGGAAUAUGGAAGUAAAGGGUAAGAACCAUUUGAACAAACCAAAGGCGACCAAGCAUGACACCAAGGGAGAAUCUCGGAGCACUUCGGCUCCAAGGAAAAGCACAUCAAGUGAAAAGUUGUCGUCCAGGGAGGAGACUAAGCUCCUGGCAUCUACCAGGUCGUUAAAAGAGGAGAGCAAAUCUCAGGUGUCAACUAGGAAAGCCGUGGGAAAUGGAAUGUCGAGUGACCAUGAUAAACAAAACAAGCCCAAAACGCAUGUUGGGAAUAAAUGUGGAGAACCAACUAAUAAUGGUGGCCUUGGAAACUUGGUUAAGGUUCAGAUCAAUAGUAAAAGAUUGACAGAUGGAAGUAGUGUUUCAUGGGGCUCACUCCCCUCUUCACUUUCGAGGCUCGGGAAGGACGUCAUGAGACACCGGGAUGCAGCGCAAACAGCUGCAAUAGAAGCUUUACAAGAGGCUGCUGCUUCUGAGAGCUUACUUCGAUGUUUAAGCUUAUAUUCUGAUCUUACUACCUCGGCCAAGGAAGACAACCCUCAGCCGACCGUGGAUCAGUUCUUGACUCUCCAUGCAAGCUUGAAUAAUGCUCGCAUGGUUGCAGAUUCUUUAUCGAGAACCAUCCCAGUCGGUUCAUCUCCGGAGUCAGAAGGUACCAUAUCAGAAGAGGCAGUAAAAGUCGCAUCAGAUAGACGGAAAUACGCAGUUUCAUGGGUGCAAGCCGCAUUGGCUACCAGUAUGUCAUCAUUCUCUGUAUUUACCAAAGAACAUCAUUCAAACUCGAGUCAUGGUUCAGCUUUUGUAAAAAGCCAGAAGAUCAUCCCUGCCAACCAAAACAUGUUAAUUCUCGAAAAUUCGGCUAAGAACGGUUCAACAAAAACCCAAGUAAAAGCCCGUCCAGUUGUUGGUUCUAAGCUUGUAGCACAAGGUGUUCUUCGUAAACCUGGGAAUGGUUCAGCUCUUGGUCCCAAGGCUCCGGUUCAACCAUCACCUGAAAUAUGGACAAGGGGAAAUGGCCUUGAUGAAGUUGUUGACAUGGCGGAUAUGUUGCAAAUGGAAUCCCAAGAUUGGUUCCUAGGAUUUGUCGAGAAAUUCUUGGAUGCCGAUGUAGACACAUCUGCUCUAUCCGACAACGGUCAAAUAGCCGGGAUGUUGACACAGCUCAAGAGUGUUAAUGACUGGUUAGACGAAAUUAGUUCGAGUAAAGACGAAGGUGAGACACUUCCGCAUGUUUCGUUAGAAACAGUUGAUCGGCUUCGGAAGAAAAUAUAUGAUUAUCUUCUUACACAUGUAGAGUCUGCCGCCGCAGCUCUAGGUGGUGGAUCACAGUCGUCACCUCCCAUCCGAACAGUUGAAACAAAAGCGAGAAAGUAACUCAUUCGAUCAUCGUUAAAAUGCGGUUAGGCACAACAAAAGCUGGAGCCGAAGUCGGUUUAACGAUUCAUUGAUAUGUAUAUAAGUCCUACAUGGGUUUGGAGGUAUAGAUGCAUAACAUGUCAAAAAAUUAGGGUUUCAAUUCAAAGUUGAGGUGAUUUCAUUUUCUUUUUCUUUUUCCUCCCCAUAUUGGUAUUUGUUGCAUGCAAUUUAUACAAAUGAAAACAGUUUGAAAGGUAUUUAUACAACUCAUUUCCAAUGGCAAUGAGAUAUUAUUUUCCUUUGGUCAAAA